AAAUCACAACCAUUAGAGCAUUCAACAUUUUAAGCACAUUGCUUAUUCGCUUCACGUGUUGACGCGGACGUUUGUAAUUUUCUUUCAAUUCAUUGUUGACAUAUAAAAAAUAUGACUAUAAACCGAUAUUUAUUAUAUUUUUCAUAUAUUGGGACUAGAUUUCGUGGAGUACAACGACAAUUGACUUAUGAUAUGCUACAUAAUGAUGAUCCAUCUUCAGUACAAGGAUUAUUAGAAUAUGCUUUAAAGCAAUUACAACCUCUAAAUAUUCCAAAAUUACAUUUAUCAAGCCGGUCAAUUUCAAAUGGUGCAAAUUCUCAUUUGAAAUGGUUUGUAGGGACAGUGCACAGAAUGUUACCCAUGUACAGUAAUCGGCCGCCCAGGACAGAUCAAGGAGUUCAUUCGUUUAAGUCAUCUGCUCAUUUAGAUUUAGAACUACCAUAUACUUGUCAUCCCAAUAAACUUGUAUUCCAGGUGAAUAACUUCUUAAGCUCCUGUGAAGUUCCUAUUAAGCUAAUUAGUGCUCAAAUAGUUUCCAGUGAUUUCAACGCAAGAGCUUGUGCAAAAUGGAGAAAAUAUUUGUAUCGAUUAGCAGUGAUCAAACCAGAAUUUAAAGAUCUAUAUACUGAAAGAUUUGUGUUUCCAAUUCCAAUUACAGAAGUGAAACGUUGUUAUUUUAUUCAUACAAGUACUGAUUUUGAUGUAGAACUAGUGAAGAAUGUACUACCACUAUUUAUUGGAACAAGAGAUUUCAAAACAUUUAUGGGAAAAUCUGGAUUAAAUACUGAUAUAAGUACAAUACGCACUUGGAACAACAUUGAAAUAGUUCCAGGCCGUUCAUUUUACCCGACAGAUAUAGACAAAUACUAUAAUUAUUGGGAUAUUCAUGUUGAUGCAAAAUCAUUUCUUUACAAACAAAUUAGACGUACUGUUGGUGUGCUUAUUAAAGUUGCACAAAAAUUAAUUACAUACGAUGAUGUUAAAUACAUGUUUGAUAAUCCAUCAAUUAAUAGUUGGAAUACAAAAGUAUCAACAGCACCAAGCCAUGGCUUAUAUUUAUACGACAUUGGAUAUGAUGAAAAAGACUUAAUUUUACCAAUAGAACACAAUAAAUUGGAAGAACCAGUUCAAAAUGAAAGUCCUGAGGAAAUGUCUUUAGAUUUAAAAAAAGAAAUAGUGAAACAACGAAUAGAAAAUCGAAGAAUUGCUCUUGAAGCUCGUACUGCUAAGUCAGUUGAAAAGAUUAAAAAUCAUGAGUUUCUUAGAUCAAUUAAAAAGUAAAAAAAAUAGUUUAAAAAGUGUUGAAACAA